CAGCUACAACGUUAAAAUGACUACCUACACAGACAAAGGACCUAAGCCGGAAUCCGGUCGAUUUUUAUGUUUUGAUCAUGUUACAUUUUGGGUUGGAAAUGCCAAGCAGGCAGCAUCAUUUUAUUGUACACGUAUGGGAUUUGAACCCUUGGCUUAUAAAGGGCUGGAAACUGGCAGUCGUAAAAUAGCAGCUCAUGUUGUUAGACAGAAUAAGAUUAUUUAUGUAUUUGCCAGUAUGUUAGAGCCCUUUCAACCUGAAGAGUGUGGUCAACAUCUAUUAAAACAUGGUGAUGCUGUGAAGGAUGUAGCAUUUGAAGUAGAAGAUUUAGAUGCCAUCUUUAAGAGAGCCGUCGAAAGGGGGGCAUCUGUAGUGCAUGAACCUUGGGAAGUAUCAGAUGAUAAUGGCUCAGUAAGAAUGGCUACUAUUAAAACUUAUGGUGAUACAACUCAUACAUUUAUAGAUAGAUCACGCUAUACUGGACCUUUUCUACCAGAAUAUAAACUCAUCAAUGAUAAAAAAGAUCCUUUAUUGACAAAUCUGCCAGAGAUUGGAUUAUUAUUGAUAGAUCAUAUAGUAGGAAAUCAACCUAAUGAAUGUAUGACACCAGCUACAGAAUGGUAUGAGAAGAACUUGAUGUUCCAUCGUUUCUGGUCUGUUGAUGACAAACAAAUUCAUACCCAGUAUUCAGCUCUACGUUCUAUUGUAGUCACCAACUAUGAAGAAACUAUUAAAAUGCCUAUCAAUGAACCAGCAGUAGGCAAGAGAAAGAGCCAAAUUCAGGAAUAUGUGGACUACAAUGGUGGAGCUGGGGUACAACAUAUUGCUAUGAGAACCAAUGAUAUUAUUAAAUCUAUUACAAAUUUGAAAGCUCGUGGUAUGACCUUCUUAGAAAUUCCACCUACUUAUUUUAAAAACUUGAGAAAUCAGUUGAAGAAUUCUAAAGUUGAAGUAAAGGAGAAUCUUGAUGAGCUUCAGAGACUGAAUAUUUUAGUAGAUUUUGAUGAUGAUGGCUAUCUAUUACAAAUAUUUACCAAACCCAUGCAGGAUCGUCCUACAUUAUUUUUAGAGGUUAUACAGAGAAAUAACCAUCAGGGAUUUGGGGCUGGUAAUUUUAAAUCAUUAUUUGAAGCUAUAGAAGCAGAUCAGGCAGAACGGGGCAACUUGUAA